AUGUAGUAAGAAGUUGAUCCAGAAUUCACAUUUUCAGGAGUAAUUAAUAAAGAAAGUAAAAAAAUUUAUGAUGGUCUUAUGAAAAUAAAACGCAAUGAUGUUUUGAAUUUCUUUUAAUUUUAUAGCCUUUUUAUAUAUGUGUAACUAAUAAAGUAGAUUUCCUUUCAAUUGGCAGGACUAAUUCUCAUCAUUUCACUUUAUAAGUAGAUAAAAUAAAAACUAAUUAACCAAUGAUCAUUGAAAGAAUUGAUCUUGAAGCCUUUAAAUAAGCCUUAUCAGUAAUAUCAUAUAUAUUAUAGUUUUAAGCUACUUAGAAUGGAUAUGCAAUAUCAAAUCUAAUUUCUCAAUUAUCAACUCAAUUUCAAAACUUAAAUUGAAGAAAAUACAUAAAUGAAUACUUAUUCUUGCAAAUCAAAUUGUAAAAUUCCUAUUUUAGUUAAUUGUGAUAAGGAAUAAGUCAAAAUGUUAUUAAAUCUAUAAAUUCAAAAUACUUUAGUACAUUUGGAAUUUUAAGAUUGUGAUUCAUUUAGACUGAUUUCUUAGUAAUAUAAAGCAUUGAAAUUACAUAGAAUCUAAUUUGAAAUUAUUCCAGAAUAAACUUAAUUGAGAUUAUAAACAUAUUUUGAAACUGAUUAUAAUAUGAUAAUGAAAUAUCAUUUUAACAACUUCAAAAUUUUAGAUAAAAAUAUUACAGAAAAAGAAAAAUUUACAUAUAAUAGUGAUGAAUUUGUAGAUUCUAUAUCUAUGUUAGAUAAAGAUAGUACUCUUACAUUUCUUUUAACUAAUAAUGGUACAUUAUUAAUUGGAGUUUUGGGUGGUUAAGUAUACUCAACAAAAUCACUCUUAUCAAGAAUAAUUGUUCAUGAUGAUUAUUGA